GAUGAUGAGCGCGCCUCCUCCCCUCGCGCGCUCACUCACUUAAUCUCUCACUCACUCUCUCUUACAGCAACAGACACAGAAAGUGCUCCUCUCAGCCCCGCUCUCCUACAGAUGAGCACCACGGAGGGCUAACUAAUUUUCUCCUUUAUUGUUUUGUUUUAUUUAGUUAUUUUUACAGCUCCGACUCCAGUGAAAAAAAGAAAGAUGUUUCACCUGAGGAGACCCUUCGAGAGCGAGAAGCUCCAGCUGCAGGAGCUGAACCAGAGGCUCGGGCAGUACCUGAACAGGGCGCAGCUCCUGGAGCAGGAGAACGCGCGGCUGGCCGCGGAGCUGAGCGCGGUGCGGCAGAGCAGGAGCGGAGGGGAGCGCGAGAGCGGGCGGAUGGCGGAGCUGAGGGAGAUGAGGAGGCUGGUGGAGCGUCUGUCCUUGGAGAAGAGCAGGGCGGAGAUGGAGAAGGAGCAGCUCCGCAGAGAGUUCCAGAGCCUGCAGGCGCUCUGCUCCGACCAGACCUCCGUCAGCAGGGGCAUCGGCGGUGAGCUGCGGGACUGCGAGCAGCAGCUGCGCCGCGCUCAGCACACCAACGGCGGCCUGGAGCAGCGGCUCACCCAGCUGCAGCACGAAUACGCACUCCUGGAAGACUCCCACAGAAAGGAGGUGGCCCACCUCAGGAGCCAGCUGAGCUCCCGGGCCCUGCCCGUGCUGACCGAGGUCCACCGCGCGGCGGCCCCGGCCGUCAGCAUGGAGCAGGAGGUGGAGGAGUACGCGCGCCACUUGUCCGAGAGCUGGAUGGAGACGCUGGAGAUGUACCGGCAGCGGAUGGAGGAGAUGGAGGGAGCGGUGAGGGAGGACCAGGUGAAGCUGGAGGACUUCAGGAGGGAGAGGGCGCAGUACGACUCCGAGCUGAACCGGCUGCGGGCAGAGGUGGACAAGCACAGCCAGGUCCAGCUGGAGCUCGAGGCUCAGCUCAUGAACAUGCAGGAGAACUUCAGAGGAGACGCCAUCCAGUAUCAGAUAAUCAUUGAGGAGCUGGAACAAGAGCGCAAUCUUCUGGCCAACACCAUUUCGGAAAAGCUGAAGGAACAUCAAGACCUCCUGCAGGUCAAGAUGGGGCUAGGUCUGGAAGUGGCAGCAUACAGAGCACUACUGGAAGAAGAAGGAAGACAUGUUCAGAUGAGGUCUGAUCAGCGUGCAAGAGAGAGAAUAAUAGAUAUUAAACUGCCAUCUCAGUACACUCCCAGGAUCUCCACCACUCAGCCAGAAAUGAGAAGCCUUCUCACAGGAUAUGGUGUUAAAUAUAUGGAGCCUGUAUCCAGCAUUCGUACCUCAGCUACAUCCAGUCAUUUUGAUUCCCAAAGACCAUCUCGGAUUGUGCCCAUCACUAUGUCGAAACAUGCCCAACAGAGUCCUGCUGCAAGAAGGGAUAUGAUCUCUUUCACCAAAGCAACACAAGCAGCAGCUGCAGCGAGCGCAGCCAAGACUAGAGCCUCAGCAAGUGACAGAACCAAAGACGUGUCACAGAGCGCACAUAAAACAUCACCUGACCUCCCUAAAUCAGCAACAGGAAGUAAAAGAGCCUCCAGUGCUUCACCAACCACAGAACAGAAAUCAGUGAGAGUUGUGUCGCCUCCCAUGAUGAGUCUGAGCAGCUCUGAAGAAAGCCACCAGAAGGUUGUUGAUGAGAAAUACAAGAGGUUUGAAACAGCAGAGACCGAUCAUGCCAAGGUAUCACUGAAACCAAGUGAGGAAGCAGAGUAUUUUCAAAAGGAAGUGUCCAAGCGUAAAGAUAAUAGAGAUUUGAAAGAUUCUGGAAAUGUGGGAGCGAAGGUAAUUGCAGGUGAGGAAAAAAUAUUAGACUCAGUGUCCAUGGAAGAAAUUAUUGAGAAGGUCAUGAAGCCAGCUGGCCUGGAUACAAAGCUUAGUUCUGGCUCUGACUCAAAGAUCACAUAUCACGUAGAGAAAACACAGCAAGAAGAUGGAAGUACCAAGACUCAAAUAGUCCUGCAGUCCAAAGUGGAGGAGGAUCUGGAUAUUUCAGAUGAUUCUGCCUUAGAGGAAUUCCUCAGCAAGGGAGUGACAAAGGUCUCACUGGAAGAUAUUGAGGGAACCCCAACAGGAAGCAUGAUUCAAAACCUGCUAAGUCUUGGUCUUCAAGGUGAGAGUCUUGAAAACAAGUCUGUUAAUGUGGAGAUCAUAGAGGAACCAGUGGAAUCUCAAAGCGAUGAAGAAGGGGAGGUUGAAAUUGAGGAGACUGUGGAGGUGAUGUCCAAGCCAUACUAUAAACCUUCAUCAAUGUUUUUCCAGAUUGAAGAGCCAGAAAGCGAACAUCAGGCAACUCAACAACAUGAGAACACCAGUGAGACAGUGACUGACUCAGAGUAUGGCAAGAGGAGGUCUGUGCAGGUUCAGGAGGUAUCCAGAGAGGAGAGUCUCCCUUAUUAUUCCCAGGGACAAGAGACUCAAGAGUACUUCGUUUCCACUCCUGAAGACAAUCUUUCUGAAUCUGAGGAGGGUGGUGGAUUUAUGUCUUAUGGACAUUAUGGAGUGGUGGAUGACCUUUCAGAUGAGAGAUACUACCAGGAUGAACAUCUUCCUACACGCAGAAGAUACUCUGAUGAAGAUGACAGCAUCAGAGAGUCACCUGAGUAUGCCAAAAGAGACACUUUUCCACAGUGUAUCAUCGAGGAAGAAGUACGUGUUUCUCCAAUAGUGCAAGAGUCCAUGCUAGAGAUCCUGAAAGAAGAGUCACUGGACCCAAGGGAGCAGCUGAGGGGAGCACUGGAGCAACUGGAGAGCACAGUGUCUGGAUCUCUGAAAGAAGAGCUUACUCUUCUCACAAAAGCUGGUGGAGCUUCUGACGGUGUCUCUGUGGAUAUUAAGAAGGUAGAACAGGCAGCAGACAACGGAACGAUGACCUUCGUGGCAGAGCUCAGUGUCUCCCAGAGCCUGGAAGAGUCUGGGCUGCUGGAGGAUCCGGGAGAAGAGCUGUCGCAGGAACAGGUCUUAGAAGCACUGCGGUCCUCCAAUCCUGGACUACACCAGGCCAUUAGUGCUGGAGCUGGUGGAGGCUAUACCAUGAGAGUCUCCAGAGAGGAGGUCCAAACAGAGGGAAUGCCUUGGAUGACUGGUCUGGAUGAAACUGAAGACUGGAGCAGCUCAGGUAGUGAAGUUGGGAAAACAGAAAAAGUCAUCAAGCUGGGGCCUAAUGAGCAAUCGUUCACAUUUCAAAUGGAUUUCAACAACGGCUCAACUGGGUCAACAGACUUACAAGAGGUGGAUUCUCAAGGACAGAGCGUCAGAUACGAAGCUGGUGUAGACGAGUUCCUUCAGACCCAGAUGACUGAUCCUUCAUUAAAGGUCCGUCAUGAGAAAAGAAUUGCUACCGUUUACCUGGAAAGCCCAAAGGAGGAAUAACUGAAAUCCAUAUGAAAUCACCUUGCAGCCUAUUUUUCCAUCUGGAAUAAUCUGAUUCAUGUGUUUAGACACAGAAAAUUAUGGGACACAUUGGAUAUGCCAAAAAAACAAAACUCAAAUAGAUCUGAAGUUAAUGAAGAAACCCCAACAUCACAGUGACCUGAAUUUGUAGUAGCACAGAAAUAGCACAUACAUUAACCCCUGUAUUCUUUAUGCUUUCUAUAGGUGAUUAUUUCUUGGUUUUUCCUUGAUUCACACUUUUAUCUUAUGUUAUUUCUUGAAAAUAUUGUCUUGAUCUAUAUUUUUCUACUAGUUACAUGAUCUUUAUCUUUUAUUUUGAUGAUGCUUUAGCUUAAGUUUCUACUUUUUCAUGAAUAAGGUCCACUUUGUCUAACAGUUUAACCUAGACAGCGUGUAUUUUCUGUGUUAGUGACUUUAACAGAGCAUUAAAUCAUUUUUUUAAAAGUUAGCUGAAAAAUGUAAUGCAGGUUUGACCAAAGUUUAAUUAUAUUAAGAAUUCAUGCAAUCCAUGUAAGAACAGAACAUGAAAAAAAUAUUUGCUUUUAUUUGGAGUUCAAAUAUUUGAUCAUACCAUCUGAAAAAAGCAGACUUGCACAGUACAGCCUACAUUUCGCUGCUGUCAGUGUUUGACUCUGCGAUUAACUGGAAAUUUCGGACUGUCCUUCCUGCCUUUUCUUAGAUCCUUUAAUCCUUAAAUAACAUUAGAGUGGAAAUCACUAAUCCCACCAUCCUGUGCAUCCAAGAUGAGGGCUUUUACAGUGUUCUGUGCUAAGUGAGUGCAAGCAAAAAAGAAUGACUGAGUGAGAGAAAGAGAGAGAAAGCUAUACAGACCAAGAGCAAUACUCACUCCAGUAGUGUCUAAUAGCACUUGAACUGUAGUUUGGUGCCAAUAAGUCUGUCAGAGCCUGAAACUCAGAACCAGGAUUUGCUGUAGCAAGCUUGUGUAAUGCGUGGUUAUUUUAGUACCAUUGCUCAUGCUUCACAUGCUGGUAGUGGAGGGAAUGAGAAGGAGUGAGAGAGAACAGACAGGGAGAGAGAGAACGAGAGGGUGAAAGAGGGUUCGUAGAAUAAGCCUCUUUAGAGUGUUCCAUUAACACAUGAUUUCCUAAAGAGAUGUGUAGGGCUUACAUACUAACAUAUGGCUGGUGUCCCAAUUGCAUACCGCACACUAAUACUAAAAGGUAUAUACUAAAUACCAUAUUUUAAUAGUGCAAAAUAUUAAUGUACUAAACUGUUUUUACUAACAGGAAAUGAUAAGGCAUCGCUAAGGCAAGUUCUCCUGCAAGUUAUUCUGAUGCCAUUGCAUGCCAUGUUUCUCAAAUUGUUUCAGACCUGAGUAGUAAUUUCCUUUGUUUUGCAUUGCGUUCUGAGUGUGCAUCUUGGGUAUUUUAUACUCAACUUGUAGUGAUUUUACAUGCUCAACAAAUAGUGAUUAGUAUGCAAUUGGGACACAAACACCCUAUAUGCAAUAUUUUCUUAUGUUCCAAAGCCGCCAUUUUCAAAAUUGAAGUGCAAGCAUGUACAAGCAUGUGCAUCUUCUGCUCUAUAUUUUUGUAUUUUUUCUUAACUUUGUCACUUAAACUAAGAUACUGCUUUUGCCAGACUGUACACUGUAAUCUGCAUUGCACUAGUAGCCUCUUGAUGACUUGCAUUUGGUUUGGGGCAUGUAUAGGAAUUCUCUACUUUAGAAAGCUUUCAUUUAGCUCUGCUGUAAUCUUUUUAGCCAAGGUUUAUGCCACCUGUUGUGUCACAUGUGACUGUAUUGUGCCUGUUGCUGAUGAGGUUAUGAACAACACUUUCAAACCCUUUAAAGAAGCUUGCGUUAGCACUGAAUGUGUCAUUAAAUACUGCAGAAUUAGAUUAUCUGUCUUCAGUAGUCAUUUAUAGUGCUGGCGCAAAUAUAUUGAACAAUUGAGCUUUCAUUCAUUAUGCUGGCAUUUAUUUCUCUACUUAUCAUUAAUCAAUUUUGUAUAAUGGUAAUGUAGAGCUUAAAGUUGGCCGGUUCUAAUAAGAAAGGAAAGGCUGUUAACUUGAUGGCCUUCUUUGCAAUGCUGCGGUCACAUAAAACCAGGCUCCAAUCUCUAUGAAGACAGAUCAAAAAGUUUAAAAAAUUAACUUGUUGGUUACAUCAUCUGUGGAGGAGAGAGGAUAAUAUUGUGAUGAAAUCGUGCCCCCUCCUAGAUCUGCACAAGCACAGUAGCCAGAACAAGUUAAGAAUGUACAGUUUUGUGCAUUAUUAAUCCAAAUGCUGAUAAUUUUUUAUCAGACUAUAUCAGCUAUUUAAAAAUGUUUUUUUUAUCAGUUAUUUGACACUCAGAUUCAAGUAUGUUGGUCUCUCCACAUUCGUAGAAAUCAGAUCCUGUUCAGUGGCAUUUCAAAUAUGGCCACCAAGUAAACAGAUAAGCCUAUAGGUUCUAAGCCUGUAAGUUAACAAGCUCUUUUUGUUGAAGGACUGGGCUUUAUCUGGAAACAGACACCACUCGGUUUUCAACCAGUGACUGAUCUCUUCAUUUAUAACACCAAAGAACAAUGCAAUAGAAGCAAUAAGUUCAUACCAGUCAUCUCAACAAACUGCAUCAUUCUGCACAACAACAAAAAACAACAACCAAAAAUUUCUAUGCAAUAUGAUGUGCGCACUAAAAAAAUUAUAUUAUUAAAUGAUAAGAAUAAAAUACUCAGCAACAGGCCUAUAUGCAGAGGAGAUUUAAUUAAUUAUCAUACAUUUGUUUGUGUAUUGAUCUUAAUCUUAAAAACACUUGGUAUGCUAUGUAGCAUACAUAUUAUGCUUGGCAUAAUAGCAUUAUAUGCUAAUAUAAACUUCCAUAAUAUGUACAUUAUGUUCAGAAAAAAUUAGGAAAAUCCAAAGCCUGUUAAAUGCAAUUUAGGCCAGCCCUUUAUUCAUUAGCUGCUUACAAACCAUGAUGCUUCGUUUACAGCACAAUCUUCCCUUGUGGUAGAAUUUGAUUUCUUUGUGUUUCUUCUACACUUUUCUUGCAUGGGAGAGGUACACUUGUUACACAGUAAACACAUGCCACAAAUUGUUCACUUUCACAUUAAGAAUGCAGUUUUGGGUUUAUAAAGUUAGAUAUCUAAAAGAGUGUAUUUCUGCUCCUAGAAUAUUGACGUUUGGCAGCUUUUUGUCCACCUGUAGCCUGGGCAUUGGUUCACACCUGAAAAACAAUAAAAGCAAAUCUUGUGUG